UUAAUCGUAUCUAUAGCGAGAUUUUCAAUACAUCACAUUCGGAGCGUUUAUAUGUUUAGAAAAAUUAGUAAUCCAAAACAUGCAGGCAUAUAUAAGACUUAGUUAUUCCAACAUAUCUCAACGUUAAUUAGUACAAACGCGGAUGACAAUUCAUUUUUAUGACCGAUGAUAAACGGGCAAAUUAUCUGGUGGCCGAGCGGAUCGAGUAUGAGGCGGUGAAAAUCGUUUUAUGGUGUAAGGACUUCAAAAAUACGAAAGUUGCGGCUUAAGCAUAGAUUUACUCUGUGAGCUUAAAACAUUGCUGAGAUCUUUUGACCUUUGAACCCGGAGGAAACAGUCAGCUCAGACUCCGAGCAAAGUUCAUGGUUAUUGUAUCUGUUAAACGAUCGAGUCGGCAGUGUAGAAAUAGGGAUAUACGAAGAAUAUCACUAUAGAAAUGGCAGAUUAUUCCAAGAUAAUUGGAGAAAUAAGACAAGCGUUCAGAACAGGAAAAACUAAAACAUAUCAAUGGCGCAAAGAACAGUUAAUACAAUUGUACAAAUUACUAGAAGAAAGUAGUAAAGAAAUAGAAGAUGCUCUCUUCAAAGAUUUGCACAAGCAUAGGAUAGAAGCCAUUAUAUUUGAAAUUGCUUUGGUGAAGAAUGAUCUUGCAAAUGCUAUUGACAACUUAAGCGAAUGGAUGAAACCAGAAAAGCCCCCAAAAAACCUACUUGUUGCUAUGGAUACAUUGAUGAUACAACCUGAACCAUUUGGUGUAUCCUUAGUUAUUGGAGCAUGGAAUUACCCGAUUCAAUUAACUUUACUGCCACUUGUUGGAGCAAUAGCAGCAGGUAAUUGCUGUGUUAUAAAACCAUCAGAAUUGGCUCACAAUAUAGCCAUUCUACUGGAAAAGUUGAUAAAUAAAUACAUGGAUAAUGAAUGUAUACGAGUUGUAAAUGGAGGGGUACAAGAAACUACAGCUUUAUUAAAAGAAAGAUUUGACCAAAUAUUUUAUACAGGAAAUAAUGUUGUAGCAAAGAUAGUAAUGGAAGCAGCAGCUAAGCAUCUGACACCAGUUGUGUUAGAAUUAGGUGGUAAAAGCCCUGUAUAUGUAGAUAAAGGUGUUGAUAUGUUAACAGUAGCUAAAAGAUUGAUGUGGGGUAAAACUUGUAAUUCAGGCCAGACAUGUAUAGCGCCAGAUUAUGUCAUGUGUACAGCAGAAGUACAGAAUGAACUCAUAGAAAAAAUUAAAAUGGUUAUUGAUCAGUUUUAUGAUGGCAAUGCAGCCACAUCUGAAUGCUAUGGUCGAAUUAUUAAUGACAGACAUUUUCAACGAGUGAAAAGUAUGUUAAAAUCUGGUGUUAUAGUUAUUGGAGGCGAUAUUAAAGAAGAUGAGAGAUUUAUUUCUCCUACUGUUAUUAAAGAUGUUAAACCUACAGAUACUGUCAUGCAAAGUGAAAUAUUUGGACCAGUGUUACCUAUAAUGCCUGUUAUAAAUGAAGAUCAAGCUAUUGAUUAUAUCAAUGAUGGAGAGAAGCCAUUGGCUAUGUAUGUAUUUUCUAAUAAUAAUAAAAUAGUAGACAAGUUUUUACAACAGACAAGUAGUGGUGGUGUAACUGUUAAUGAUACUGUGAUCCAUGCAGGUGUGAUGACAUUACCAUUUGGUGGUGUGGGACACAGUGGUACAGGUUCAUACCAUGGAAAAUUUUCGUUUGAUGCAUUUUCACAUAAAAGAAGUGUUCUUAAACGAACUCUAGCAAUGGACUUUAUUAAUGCUGUUCGUUAUCCACCCUAUACAGACAGAAAAUUUAGUGUUAUCAACUUCCUAACAGGCAAGAAACCUAAAAGAACAGGAAUUCUGUCAUAUUUACCAUUUCUACCACUUGUAUUAUUUGGUGCAUUUUUGGCUUUUAUUUAUAAGAAUGUUGGGUUGGAAGCUUUUACAAACAAACUCAAACCACUCAUUGGAAAAAAAGAAUAAAAUGAAGAUUUAGAUGAUAGUAAAGCUAAUGAUUAUAUAUCUGAUUUUUAUCAUAAAAAUUGUUAAAUAGUAUUCUAUAACAUGAUUAUUUAUUGUAACAGAGAUAAAGCUUUAAGUAAGAAUUCAUAAUUAACUGUUGCUACACUGUGGAUUACAAAUCACAUGUACUGCAAAACUACAGUUCCAGCAGUCUUUAUAUUAUCAAAUGUUGUAUUUAUAUGUUUUUCCUAAUAAAUGUACUUGCUGCCGUUGGAUCAGUGAAUAACGUGCUGGCUCACUAACCAGGAGGUCUGGAGUUUGAUCCAUGUGUUGGCCAAAAAUUUUCCCCAGAAUUUACCAGCGUGGUUUUCCUUUGUCUAUGAUUUAGGAUGGAGGGCCUGGCAAGAAACAGUGUCUAGAUGUUUGGAUGGAACGGAAAACUGAGGUCCCAUUAAGAUACUUAAAAAAAACCUUCCAGUAGGAUGUUAAACCCCAUUUCAUUUAAUAAAUAUACUAAAGUUUCUCUCAAAGAAAACAAACUCCCAGCAAAUCGGUAACAGUUUAUUAACAAACAAGGAUAGUGUGACAUGUGUUUUACAGUACCCGCAUAGAUGUGAAAUAUUAUCUACAGUGAGUAGACAUUAGGAGGACAUUUAUAAUAACAUUGACAGUGAUUUGUUUCUAUUUACUAUGAACUUUUAAUGGUUGAUUAUAUAUGGGGAAGGGGAUCGUCUGCUUAACCUUGUGGGGUUUCUCUGGAUCCUCUGGGUUUUUUCCCACCACUGCGAAAGAACCUUAUGCACCUUCGAACUAUUGAAUGUAUCAUGUUAGUCCUGAAAUGAUCUGGUGAUAAGUGGACAUUAAGAUCUUUAUGGUUGUAUUAGUGAAUUUGUUAUCAUGGUACAGGUGUAUAUUUAAUUCUGUAUAAUUAUUGUAUUGUAAUAUUUUGAGUGCUAAAUAUGGAGACAUAUUUCUUUAAUAAUAUUUUCAUUUUUAUACGCCCACAUUUUCAUGUGGACGUAUAUAGUCGUCGCCCCUGUCCGUCCACAAUUGUUUGUGGAUACUCUACAGGUCACAAUUCUUAUCCGAUUUUGACGAAACUUGAAAUAUAGUUUUAUCCCCAAAAGAUCUUGGUUGCUUUCGAUAUUGGCAUGUAUCGGAUCGAAACUUCAUGGAUUAUGGCCCCUGAUCCUAUGAAAAAUCACGUUUUUAGCUUGUGGACCCUAUAGAUUAUAGAGGUCACAAUUUUAAACCGAUUUUGAUGAAACUUGAAAUGCAUGUUUAUAACCCAAAGAUCUUGGUUCCUUUCGAUAUUUGCGCAUAUCGGAUCGUAACUUCCUGAAUUAUUGCCCCUGAUUGUACGAAAAAUCGCCUUUUUUUAGCUUGUGGUCCCUCUGAAGGUCACAAUUAUUAUCCAAUUUAAAAAAAACCCAUUUAUUUGAUUAUAUCACCGUUACACCGUAAAAAAGGACAAAAUGGCUGCCACUUGUACGCGAAUAGUGUAAAAAAUAUGGUACAUCAAGAUUGUGGACCCUGUAGAGGUCACAAUUUUAAACCUAUUUUUAUGAAACUUAAAAUGCAUGUUUAUAACCCAAAGAUCUUGAAUUCUUUCGAUAUUUGCGCAUAUGGGAUCAUAACUUCCUGAAUAAUGGCCCCUGAUUAUACAAUAAAUCGCCUUUUUUAGCUUGUGGUCCCUCUGGAGGUCACAAUUAUUAUCUGAUUUUAAAAAACGUUUGAUUAUAUCACUGUUACACCGUAAUGAAGGUUUAAUUCGAAUUUCGUGAAAAUCGGACCAAAACUACCGGACAAAAUGGCUGCCACUUGUAAAAAUAUGGUAAAUCAAGGUUGUGGACCCUCCGUCUUCAUUAGCCCAGUCGGAGCAGAACAGUAGGAUGUUAAACCCCAUUUCAUUUCGUUCUGGACCCUGUAGAGGUCACAAUUUUAAUCCGAUUUUAAUGAAACUUGAAAUGCAUGUUUAUAACCCAAAGAUCUUGGGUUUCUUCGAUAUUUGCACAUAUUGAUUCUUAACUUCCUGAAUUAUGGCCCCUGAUUUUAUGAAAAUUCGCCUUUUUUAGCUUGUGGUCCCUCUGGAGGUCACAUUUUUUUUAUCCGAUUUAAAAAAAAACAAAACGUGUGAAUAUAUCACAGUUAUGCACUAAUGAUGGUUGAGUUCAAAUUUCGUGAAAAUUGGACUAAAAUUUAAUGAAUUUCAAAUUUUCUAAGAAAGUCAAAACAUAAUUAUUUCUAUGUCUUUUGCUCAAUAGGUUAUCAAAUCACUAUUAUACGAUCAUGGGCAUUAUUUCCCACCCUUAAAAAUCUAUGACACAGGAAAUAACAACACAAUUACCUCCCCUGUUUUGCUAUUGACAACAUGGGGCAGCCAUUUUCCAACGUUGGAAUUUGAAGUUAAAAAUUAUAUUUUUGCCAAUUUCUCAGCUGGCAAUAACGAAUUAUAGGAAUAAUAGGAUUAAUAGGAUUAUUCUUUAACAAGGUAGGACUGUUUAUGGAUACCAUCUAUUUUAAGGCUUUAUUUUAAUACAUUUUAAAAAUAUAAUUUGAAAAUUUGCAAUUGCAAACUUUAAAUCCCUUGGGAUCAAUGGGAAAGCAAGAGUUCUUAAAGGUGGCAUUCUGUCAGGGCACUGCCCUCCUGCUGUGUAAACAGAUAAAGAAGUAGUGGGGCAGUACCGAUGUCAAGUGAAAACCAUGCGUUUUUGGUACAAAACCACAUAAACUACUUACUCAAGUAGAUUAUAUGCUUCAAGUACAGGCGUACAAGCGCAAUCAAUUUGGGGGUACUAAGGGCUUAAAAUGGAAUUGCUGCAAUCGUGUUUCCUGUCAUUCCAGUCUGUAAGUAAGUACAGCAAUAAGUAAGUAGUCCAAUAUAGCCAUGGAACCGAUUUCCCACUCUGUGCCUGCCAGAAUUCCAUAUUUUGGGGAGGGAGCAGAAUGGAAAUGGUGGAACCGAAAACACAUUCUGUGCCCACAUUAAUUCCAGAAAUGAAAUGGCCCAAAAACUUCCAGUUUAGAUUCCAAUCAGACAAGUUAGCAUCUCAUCGUCUUUAAAUUUAUUCACAGUGUUAAAAUUUGUACUAAAAUUGAAUUAUAUUAAAAACAAUUAUUGAUAUGAAUACACAA